AUGAAUGAAGAAGAAUUAAACAAUAUAAAAACUAUUAUUGAUAAAACAAAUAAUUAAAAAAUCAUUUAAACUCUAAAUGAAUUUAAAAAUAAAAUAGAAAUUAUGAAUACUUAAGAUGUGAAUAAAAUAUUUGUUAAGAAAUGUUUAAAUAUUAUUUAUAAUGAUGUACUACCUAAAAUUUAAGAAUUGUCUAAUAUCGAAUAGAGUAGAGGUAUAUAAAUUAAAUUAGCAUUUGAACUUUAAAAAAUAAAAUAGAUUACUGAUAUAUUACCUUAUAUCUAUAAAAAGCCAAAAAAUACUAUUUUUAAUGAUGAUGAAUAUAUGAAUAUUCCAAAUAUUGAAGUAAUAAUAUUGGAUCAACCAGACAAAAUUAAAUAACAAUUAAGAAACUUUUAUAAAAAAAUAUAUUUAGGACAUGCAUAUGCAAAUUCUGGGAAACAAUAUUAAUCUCAAGUUAUGUCAUAUUUAGUUAAAAAUUUGAAAGCACUUUAUUAUAUAUCAAAUUAAGAGGCAACCAAUCUUAUAGCAACAUAAAUACUCACUAAUCCAACACUUGAACAUGUAUUAAAAUUAUGGAGAGUUAUAGAUGAAUCCAAGAUAGUAAAAGCAGGUUUUAAAAUGCAAUUAGAAUAAAUUAAAUUCAAAAAAAUAAUCUAUAUUCCAAGAUUAUUUAAUCAAAUAACCUAAGAUUCUUUACAUAAUUUUAAUACAAAUUCAACUGAUAUUCAUAAAAACAUACUCUAUUAGAUAGCAUUUAGAAGCAUUAGAAAGAAAUAAAAUGAACAUGAUAUUAGAGUUAGAGUUAUGUGUAAUAGAUAAAUCUUUAAACAAAGAAUAUAUAAUUAAGAUAUUACAUAAAUAGUGAGAAAUUUGACAAAAAAUGAAUUCUAAAUGUAAAAGACUUAACAUAUUUAAUAAGUAUAAUAUCCAAUGACAUUUUUUGGUCAAUGUUGUGUCUCAUCAAGAAAUGAGAUCGGAUUAAAUGAUAUUACCAAUAUAAUCAUUCAUAUACAUGGAGGAGGGUUCAUUGCAAUGUCUUCUUUUUCUCAUUAAUCAUACACAAGAAAAUGGGUUAAUCAAUUAGAUAAUACAAUUAUCUUUUCAAUAGAUUAUCGUUUAGCUCCUGAAUUUCCUUUCCCUAUUGCACUUGAUGACUGUUGGCAAUAUUACAUGUGGAUAGUUCAUUUUGGUGCUGCUUAUUUCAAAAUUUCUCCAAAAAAUAUAAUUUUGAUAGGAGAUUCAGCUGGUGGUAAUUUGGCUUUAGGAAUAACUAUUAGAGCAAUAGAAACCUAUUAAAGAAUUCCAGAUAAAAUUAUUUUGUAAUACCCUGCUGUUAAUUUAAAUAUUUGUGAUAUAGCACCUUCUAAUCUCAAAAGUAUUAAUGAUUAAAUGAUACCUAUGGGACUAUUAAUGUUAUGUAGAUUAAGUUAUCUAAAAAAUCAAUCAGAUCUACCAAAUGAUUAUUAUGUAUCUCCUAUUAAAACUCCUUAAAAUAUUAUUCAACAAUUUCCCAAAGAUUUUGUUAUUUUUGUAGGUUAAGAUGAUGUAUUAUUGGAUGAUUGUGUAGAAUUUGUUCAUUACUGUAAAAAUAAUGGAUUAGAAAAUAUUAAAUUAAAAAUAUUUGAAAGUCUUCCUCAUGGUUUCUAGAAUAUUGGUAUGAGAAGCAAUGGAGUUAUGGCUGCUGAUUGUGCAAAUACUUAAAUCAUAGAAUAGAUUAGAUAAUUCAUUAUUUGA